AUGAGUGGUGAAGGAGAGUAUUUAGGAAUUAGAGAGGUAGUUCCCACUGCACUAACAAACAAUAAUCGGGGUUCCAACUGUUCCAAAUGCCUUAAAUGGGCUGAUUCUUUAGUUGAUCCAGAUACGGCUAAAGUAAUUAAGAAGAAAAAAGAUGAAAUGAUGGAAACUAUCGAAACUGAUUUAUACUCCGAUCGGAAUAAGAAGGGUGGAUUAAGCGGAGGAUUAAUUACUUUAAUAGUAAUUGGAGUGGUAGCAAUAAUAGGAUUAGUCUCUUUCUUUCUGCUUAGAAAAGUAAUUCCAGCAGGGGAAGAACUAAAAGAGCAAGACAAAGGGUAUUCUUACUUUUCUCUCUACGAAGGGACUGGAGGAGAGAGAAAGAGAAGGAAUAUGAAAAGUCAGCCCAGCAUCGAGGAUGCGGUGUAUGAUAAGCACUUAAAGGAAUUGCGAGAGUUAGAAAUCCAAUAUAAUCUUGUUCUCCCUGACUCACCUACCCAAAAGGCAGGUCAUCCGGUCAGUCCCAAGUUCCGCUCCGUUGUUCGCCAAAUCCCCAUGUUGAGUUUGGAUAGUGUUGAUAAUUAUGAGAGUUUGUUAAAGUUUGAUGAAAGGGUAAAAAAAAUAUUGAAAACAGAGGAAGCAAUAGAAUACGCCUUCCAAGUCAGUACUCGCGGCAAUGGAGUUAUUGGGGAAGAUAUAACCUUCAAUAAGGAAUUAAUAAAAAACAUUCCUUUUGCUUUGAAGGAGGUUGCUAAUUGUGAGGUGCGGGGGGAAGUUUACAUGAAAAAGGAGGAAUUCUAUCGUUUAAAUGAGGAAUUAAAAAAAUCUGGUAAUAAAUUACUGGCUAAUCCGCGUAAUGCUGCCUCGGGAAGUUUACGAACUCUCAUUCCUUUACAAGGCAGGAAUUUACAUUUUUUUGCUUAUCAAUUAUUCAAUAAUGAUUUACCAACUCAAUUGACUUGUCUGCAAGAAUUAGAAAAGUUAGGCUUUUCAGUUAGUCCUGAUUAUCAGUUAUUCAUGAGUAUUGAAAAAGUGGGAAAAUUUAUUCAAAAACAAGAAAAAAACCGAGAAAAACUAGAUUUUGAAAGCGAUGCCAUAGCUUACAAAUUUCCGGCUUCGGUGGCUUCUAGUUCCAUCAGGGACAUUUAUACCGAAGUAAGUCGGAAUGGAAGAAUAACUUAUGUAGCGGAAAUAAUCCCUUUAAAUAUCGGCGAUGAAGUAGUAAUCAAAAAGGCCGGGGAUGUCAUUCCUCAAAUAGUCCAAGUUGUCAAUUACCUUACUCAUUUUGCUUCCAAAAAUGGUCUUGAUAUCAAGGGGGUCAGCCAAAAAAUUAUCCAAAAACUCUAUGAGAAUAACUUAUUAAAUCGACCUACUGAUUUUUACCAACUUUAUCAAAAAGAAAAAGAAUUGCUAAAAUUGGAGGGCUGCAAAAAAAAAAGUGUCAAUAAUAUUCUAAAUUCCAUUGAAGAGUCAAAAAAAAAAUCUUUCCCUUGCUUGUUAACAGCCUUAGGAAUUCCUUUGUUUAGUUCAGUAAAAUCCCAAAAAUUAGCCAAUUUUUAUCCCACCUUAACAAGUCUUCUUGCGGCAAUAGAAGAUGAGGAAUGA